AUGUGGGAUCUCAACGGCUCGCCGGAUCGGACGAGGUACGACGACUCGGAGGGCGGCUCCGGCGAAAAGGGGAAACGGGUCGGGUCGGUUUCGAACUCGGGCUCGUCGGCGGCGGCGGUGGUUGAGGACUUCUGCUCCGACGGCGAGGACGCCGGGGGAUCCGGCGGCAGGCUCUUCGGGUUCUCGCUGGGCGGUGGGGGGCGGAGCUCGUCUCCGGUGACGCGGCAGUUUUUUCCGGUGGAGGAGCAGGGGACCGCGGCGGCCGAUUUCCCGAGGGCCGCUCACUGGGUGGGGGUUAAGUUCUGCCGUCCCGAGCACGGCGCCACCGCCCCCGCCGCCGCCGCGCCGGGUAGAUCGCCGCCUCCGCCGCUGAAGAAGAGCCGUCGUGGGCCCCGUUCGAGGAGCUCGCAGUACCGAGGCGUGACGUUUUACCGGCGGACCGGCCGUUGGGAGUCGCACAUAUGGGACUGUGGAAAACAGGUUUAUUUAGGUGGUUUUGAUACUGCUCAUGCUGCAGCCUGUGCAUAUGAUAGGGCAGCAAUUAAGUUCAGAGGAGUUGAAGCUGAUAUCAACUUUAGUCUUCAGGAUUAUGAAGAAGACUUGAAACAGAUGAGCAAUCUAACAAAGGAGGAAUUUGUGCAUGUGCUGAGAAGACAAAGCACUGGUUUUCCAAGAGGGAGUUCUAAGUUUAGAGGGGUAACUCUGCAUAAAUGUGGUAGAUGGGAAGCUAGAAUGGGUCAAUUCCUUGGCAAAAAGUAUGUUUAUCUGGGUCUCUUUGAUACAGAAAUUGAAGCUGCCAGGGCUUAUGAUAAAGCAGCAAUCAAAUGUAAUGGGAAAGAAGCUGUCACCAAUUUUGACCCAAGUACUUAUAAAGAAGAACUCAAAGCUGCAGAGCCUCCGAAUAAUGCAGCAGACCAAAAUCUUGAUCUUAGUUUGGGCAACUCUACAUCAAUUGGCACCGAGAACUCUAGGAGACGGGACAGCUUAUCCAAUCCCGAGACAGAAACUUUGCAGCUUCUAAGCCAAGCGCGCCUGAACUCCCCUGGCUCGUUUAAGGCGACGAACAAUCACGUUCAACGAUAUGGACCGUCCAGUAGAACAAACGAAUCCCAUCAUCACACAUUUGGUCAAAUGCUUGGCCCAGUACAGUUUAACUCGUUCAAUCAUCGUGAUCAGAUUUUGUUUUCGAGAAAUGAAUUACAGUUACAGCAAUGGCAAACGAAUGGUAAUAAUUUUCAAGGCGUUCCGGUUUUUGCCAAUGCUGCAGCAUCAUCAGGAUUCCAGAUGAGACCCGGUAAUUAUAAUUAUAAUAAUAAUUAUAAUAAUAAUAAUUGGUCGCAACAAAACGGGACUCAGUUUUCGAACCGACCCUCUUGA